AUGAGUGAGAGGAAAAAAAGUGAACGAAGUCGAAGCCGUAGCCGAUCGCGGAGUGAAAGUCGUGGUGCGACUAAAGACGAAAAAGAACGUCCGUCCCGAACUUUAUUUGCUCAUAAUAUUUCGUACAACGUCCCAGAAACAGAAAUCAAAGAACUCUUCUCGAAGUAUGGAGAACUAAAAAAAGUUUUUUCGAAAAUUGAUGAUCGAGGUAUUGCGUUUAUCACAUAUUAUGACAUCAGAGCCGCAGAGAAAGCUCAUAACGAUCUUGAUAAUCUCAAAUUGAACGGCAGAACGAUCAAGGUUCAUUAUUCCCUCCCAAAAGGAAACGAAAUUAAUCAGCCUGAAGUCAUUGAAAAUCACGCUAAUUUGUAUGUCAUGUUUAAAAGUUGCACCGUUCGUCCAUCACGCGGGGAGGCAUUUGAGUUCUUUUCCCAGUUUGGAGAGGUCACUGAAGUCAGAGAUUCGUCAGACCCAACCGUGAAAUUUGUUGAGUACUACGACUCCCGACACUCUGCCCGAGCACUCAAAGAGUCAAAAGGAAUGAGUUUCAAAGGUGGUGUGAUUGAGAUUAGAUAUGCAUCGUUUUCGAAAAAAGAUGUUGAAAGAAUCGAACAGAGUCGUGAGCGCAUUAAAGGUUUAAGAGACGAUGGAAAGGAUCGAUCUAAAACGGACCGCGAAACGAGUUCACGUGAACGUGAUAGUGUUCGCGAACGUGAGUCAAAUGAACCAAAGCGACUUAUAAUUCCGCCCCACUUGUUACAAGGACCUGUGUUAUAUCAGGGGUAUUCGUAUUACACCCAACAACAGUAUGAGUAUAACCCAAGUCAAAUACCGCAACAACCACAACAAUACCCACCCUAUCGUGAUGACACAAAUAAAAAUAGUUUCGGAUAUCCACAAAUCUCUCAACAACCAAAUUCUAGUACACAGAGUUACAACUCGCCAUACGGAGCGAACAGUUACCAGUACUACCAACCUGUCCAACAAUUCCCAGGACCACAAGCACAAACCAUGCCACCAACCCAAAAAGAUAAAAGCCCCUAUUGA